AUGGCGGCGCGCUGGGGGCGGCUGCUGGGCCCGGGCUUGCGGGCAGGCCGGGCCGGGCCCCGGGAGCUGCUGGAGACGGAGGAGGAGGCGGCCGCCAGGCUGGAGCAGGAGCGGCGGGCGAAGGCGGCCCGGCUGCGCCGAGUGCGGCGGCUGAUGGAGGCGCCGGCGGGCCCCCCGGAGCGCACGCUGAGCUGCAUGGCCAUGGAGCAGAUGCGGUUCCUCCGCCAAGAGGCGCCAGAUGAGUGGCCCAUCUCCCGCCUGGCGCGCAGCUUCGAGGUGAGCCCAGAGGUGGUCGGAAGGGUACUGCGGAGCCGCUUCUCGCCUUCCCCAGAGCGGGCAGCCAAGCAGGACAGCCGCCUGCCGCAGCCGCCUCCUCCGCAGCCUCGUCUCGUGGGUCCUCCGCCUCCCGGCCCAUUGCUGCCCCCGCCACCCCACGUGGCACCCAAGAAGAGAGCCCCGCCGCCACCCGCCAGCAGCAGCAGAAGCCGCCGCUCGCAGGGGUGCAGCCCCCAGCUGCAGAUCGUACAGAAGGGCCGGGAAGUGGUGGAUGAGGACGGAAACUUCCUCUACAGGAUCCCCAACUAG